AACAUUAAAGAAUGAGAUGUAUUAAAUGUCCAUAAUGACAAUGGUGUUUAACAUCUCUCCACAGACUGAAAUGAACAUUUGAAGGUCCAUGGCAUUCCAGAUCUCACUUCCAAUUCCAAUUCCAGCGGUUCCUAGAAAAACACACCCUCUAAUAAAAUGCAUCAUAGACAACAAGGCAGAGAGACUUCGCAAAUUAAUAAGAGGCAGAGAUAUUAAUGGACUGUACCCUUCUGAAGACUGGAAAGAUGAUGUUACUCCAUUAACUGCAGCAGUUUUAUGCAGAAAUGAAGAAAUCUGCUCUUAUCUACUUGGAGAGUCGGCUGAUCCAAACAAACCUUCAACAAACGGACGAACUCCUCUACAUUAUGCUACUUUAACAAAUGGAGUUCAACUGACUAUUGUGAAAAGAUUACUUGCAGCAAAAGCUGAUCCAGAUGGAUUUCAGUUGUUCACUCCAUUACAAUGUGCUGUUGAUCGUGACCGUGAAGACAUUGUGAAAGCACUUAUAGAGGCUGGAGCUUCACCUGAAAGGAACUAUGGGGUGAAUCCAGAGCUUGAUAAAAAAGUGGAGAAAAUUAUUUGUCGAUUGUCUUCACAGAGUCAAGUGUUUGAGAAAGUACAUCUGUUUUUCUCUCUUUCUUGUGCUGUACGAACGAAAAAGGAGAUAGAAGUUUUCAGAAUCUAUAAGGAACAUUUCUUUCAAGAGCAUCCUAUCAUUCAUACAAUUUUGUUUGAGGUGUAUUUUGGUGUCAUUGGACAAGGUGCGGAGCAGUAUCAUCAGAGUGCCAUCAAGUGGUUAAAAGACACAAAGAGUGCAGAGAGAUACACUGAAGGAGUCAUCAAACGCUUCCCAAGAAUCCCUCAGAAACACUGGCAGAUUGCACUGAACUGCUUAUAUGCUGCUUUGUGUGUCAGUGAAAGCAUUUCUGCUCCGGUAUUCAGUGAUCUUGUGUCAAUUCUAACAAAAAGUCUUCAGCACUCUGGAAAUGCACAAGGAGCAAUAAUCAAUCAGGUGAUUCUGAUGAUACUCAAUGUCAUGAUGCAGAAGACGUCUGAGCAGAAACUGGGACUAAACCUUUCUGUCUAUGAGAAGUUAUACAAAAGUCUAUUGCCUCUCACACAUCCUGAUUAUUCAAGUCUAAUUAGAGUUUGGACCUAUGGACUGUUUGCCUAUAUAUAUGACAUUGCUCCUAAACUUGUAGCAUUGCCCUCUGUCCCAGAGAUGAUACUGAACACCGCAGAGAUAGAGAUGGAUGAAGUCAUGAAAAAGAAACUGCAAAAGUUGGAUGAAUCACUGAGGCAUCCAGCAGGUUCGAGUGCAGUGGAGAGUUUAUGUGAGGAGACUGCAGCUCUAUCAACAAGCAGCAAGAAGAAGAAAAAGAAAAAAAAGAAGAAAAAAAUCCAGCAAGAGGUGGGAUCACAAGAAGGUGAAGGUAAAGAAGAACCAUUUCCAGACACUGUAGUGUCAUCCAUUGAGGAAUCAAAUUCCAGUGUGCAGCCGUUCACACAGCCUGAUGAGACCCCAAAUAUCCCAAGAAGGUGGCAUCAAACAAGCCAUCGUUGGAGGUCCAAGCUUGAGAAGCUAGCUAACAUUGAUGCUAGCAAAACAUACAGACUGGGAAACCUUACUCUUGUUCUUGACCCUGAAUUUCUGAUCGCUAAAGGAAGUGAUGGAACGCAGGUUUUCCUUGGUUUGAGGGAUGACGGCACUGAGGUGGCUGUGAAACGAAUGAACAGGUUUAAUUACCAAGACCUCAGAAAUGAGGAGGAAUUUCUACGACUCCCAGAACUUGAAAGUCCCUCCAUCGUGCGAUAUGUGGACUUUGCAGAGGAUGCACAUUUCGGGUACCUUGUUCUUCAGCUUUGUGAGUACACACUGGAGGAAUAUAUCCAAGAUCAUUUACCAGAUGACAGCGCUGAGAGAUCUUUGGUUCUGAAGAAGCUGGUGAAGGAAGUUCUCUGCAGCUUACAGGUUUUACACGACAAGAAGACCAAAGUGCUCCAUCGAGACAUCAAACCCCAGAAUGUCCUGAUUGACAUAAAAGGACAAGCCAGAUUGGCUGAUUUUGGCAUAAGUCGCCGACUGAAACAGGGCGAAACCACUUUACGAACAAGCAUCGCUGGAACUAGAUGCUGGAAGGCAAAAGAGACCAUAAAUCAGAAAGUCAACACUGGCUACAAGAGGAGCUCUGACAUUCAGGUUGCUGGGAUGUUAGUCUACUACAUUCUCUCUGGAGGACACCAUCCAUUUGGUGAAGAUGUGGAUUGUGAGUACAACAUUUCACGAGGAAGAUACUCACUGGAGCAUCUGGAAGAUGAUGUAGCGAAGGAUCUCGUCAAGUGGAUGAUCAAUGAAAAUCCAAAUGAGAGACCAACUGUGGAGCAAACCCUCGCACACCCCUUCUUCUGGACUGAUGACAGGAGAGUGCAGUAUCUGAAAAUAUUGGGAAACGAGAAAGAGGCUGAAAACUGCCGUAACGCAGAUGAGGAGCUCCUUAAUGCCAUUGUAAAAUACAACGAGGGGAAGAGCUUUUCUGAGUGGAAGACUAAAUUGCCUUCUGAGCUUGUGCAGAAACUGGAUGGUAAGAAGAAAGCCUAUCCUGAGAACACACUGGGCCUGCUGCGAUUUAUACGCAACCUGCACGAGCAUUAUAAAGCUGAUGCUGUGACAAUCAACCUGAUGGCUUUAUUUCCUGAUCUCUUUGGGAGUGUGUAUAUUUUUGCCAAAGAGAGAGGAUGGCACUCCAGGGAAAGUGUUCGUAUGGACAUCAAAGAAGAGCUUGAACACAGUCUGAAGACGCUGAGCGAUGAACUGCAGGAUGUAAAGGCAGAGAGGACCGUGUUUAAGGAGAAGGCUGAACGUCUCAACCUCGAGCUGAACCACAUCUUGGGCGGCCAGGAGAAGCGUAUCAUCGAUGUGGACGCCCUCUGCAUGGAGAACAAAUACUUGCAAGAGCGAUUCAAACAAGUUCAAGAGGAGGUCAGUCUGUUGAAGAGUAACAUUCAGAAAUAUAAGACUGCUCUGGAUCGCAGAAGAAACCCUGAGAUCGGUGGCAAGUCUAACAGCAGAGCACUUUCUGGAGUCCUUUCUCCUAAACAAGUGCAGGGUUUGUUGUCCGAGGAUAAUGGUUGCAGUUUACCAGCCACACCUCAGUCUAUCUCAGACCUGAAGUCUUUAGCCACAGCCUUACUGGAGACCAUUCAUGAGAAGAACAUAAUCAUUCAGCACCAAAGACAGACCAACAGAAUUCUGGGAAACCGAGUUGCUGAUUUGGAGAGAAAGCUGAAGACUCUUGAAAUUUCUGGGCUUUGGAGUCUCCCAGGAGGCACAGAUGCCAUCGCUCUGAGCGCCGCUCCUCUGUCCUCCAUCCACCGUCCACAGAAAACCACUAACCCUCGAGCCGCUGCAGAUGACAGGACAGGAAGAGGAGGGCCGUCGCCAUGGGAACAGGACACAGCUGGCGAUGACAGCUUCCCGAACAUGUGGCGUCCAGGUGGAGGCGGAGAGGAGGAGGACACACCUGUCACCCCUGACAUCAGGGAGGAGAGCGUCUUGUGCAGGACAGAGAUUGGGAGACAGGCUAAUGAGGUGAAGGAGGGUCCUGUGGAAAAAAAGACGGGCGUCUGCACAAAAACACGUUCCUGUCGGGAAACGGAGGGACGCCCGGCUGUGGGAGAGGGAGAGGUUUUGGGGGAGCUCUGUCUGAUGGCGGAGGAGGCUGAGGAUGCAGCUUUGGCUCUGAAUCCUGCACAACUACCUUCAGUUACUCUUGAGCAAACCGCCUGGGAAAAUGCCGACUUUCAAGCCUCUGUGGGGCUGCCGAGAGCUCGCUUUGAAGAUAUUUCGGACGGUUCCUCCAUUAAGAAGGAGCCUGUUGAGCAAAGUGACUCUGUUCUGAUACAGGACGGGGAAAUGAAGGUCUGAAGGUUUUGGAAAUGCCUAAACGUUGCAAUUUAUUGGUCAGAUAAAAAGCAGAUGAAUAAAACAAUCCACUUUGCAUACAGUAUGUAAUAUUGAGGCAAAAAAAAAAAUCUAUUUCCAAUGUUUCGUUUCAUU